AUGCCACGCAAGUACGUUCCCAAGUCGGCCUCGUCGGCCUCGGUGGCCGCUGCGGCUGCGUCCAACAACGAAGAGGGCGGCGGCGGCACCGACGCCAACGCCAACGCCAAUGGGGGAGCAGCAGGCGGGCUGAGCUAUGGCGGGCUGGCGAGUACGGCCAAGCGGGUCGAGACGCAGCAAAACAAGGCGCUCAAGGACCAGGGCAUCGACCAGUUUGAGCUGCCAAAGAGCGUCAUUGUCCGCCUCGCAAAGUCAGAGAUCCCAGAGUCGGUGCAGCUGCGCAAGGAGGUCGUCACGGCGCUCGUCAAGGCGUCGACCGUCUUUAUCUCGUACCUGACGGCGACGGCGCACGACCAGGCCACCAGCCGCAACCUCAAGACGAUCUCGGCCGCCAACGUCCUCGAGGCCGUGCGCGAGCUCGAGCUGCCCGACGAGUUCCGCGCCGAGCUGAAAAAGGACCUCGAAGCCUACCGCGGUCUGCAAAAGUCGAAACGAAAGUCACCCGCCUCGGCUCCCACCUCGACGACGGCGGCGGCAGAGACGACCGAGACGGCCGCGGCGACGUCGAGCAAAAAGGCCAAGGGCAAGGGCAAGGCCGUGUCGGCCACCUCGAAAUCGUCUGCCGCAGCAGCAACAGCGGCGGGGGCGGACGAGAGCAUGGACGCCGACGUGUCGAGGAUGACCAACACCGUCGAGGAUGACGACGCGGACGAGGACGGGGAGGAGUCGAAGAAGAAGCAGAGGAGGGACGGGGAAGAUGGCGAGGUGCUAAGGGGUAAGUUGAACGGGGUCGACGAUGCGGGUGAUGAUGAUGAGGACGAGGACGAGGAGGACGAGGAGCAAGACGAUGAGGAGGAGGAGGAGGAGGAGGAGGAGGACGGCGACGACGAAGAGGCGGAAGAGGGAGAUGGUGCCGAUGGCCCGGACGAGGAAGGGGCCGCCGUCGACGACGACGACGACGAUGACGAUGAGGCGAUGGAAUGA